GAGUUUUCGUUAUUCAAUUUAAUGUUUACUAAUUGAAGUUGCUGAAGUGACGACAUAAAGAGUAUACUAAUGAGGAAGUUCUAUGAAUUGCAUUUGUCAAUUUUACCAAUAAAAAGAAAACUUUUGCGUUGCGCGAAAAAUUAGUGAAUUUCGAAAACAAAACUAGUGGGGCAAAGCGCAAAUGCGUCAAUUGUGUGCAAACUUGUGGCGAUUUUCCUUUCAAUUAACUCGCAUUGAAAUUUAUGUAAGUGUAUUGUGAGCGCAAAAAAGCAAACAAACGGCGAUAAAUUGUGAAAAAAGCUAAAAAAAAUAAAAUACUACAUACCUAUUGCGUUCAUUGCUUACAAUUAAUUUUACAGAAAAAAAAGUGUUCGUAAAUAAUCAACAAAUCCACUCAUGAAGCUAUUACAACGACGCUUCAUUGUGUCAGAAAAGUGUAUCGAUUUUGCCACAACAGCAACAACAAUAACAACAAAAAUCAGUAAUAUUGCCAUACACCAACGCUUCGGGCUAAAAUAAUGAGUAUAUUCCUGUUGUCAUUGCCGCACCGUUACAAGCGUCUACUGCAAGCAAUGACACUCGCCGUGGCAAUAAUUUACACCACAUUGGUGCUAUAUCAGAGCGCCUACGGAUAUCCUGAUCUGCAGCAACUGCCAACGCAGAAACACUACAUACUCGACACACAACCUGCUCCUGCUCCGGCGCCUGCGCCUGCGCCUGCGCCCGCGCCCGCGUUGUUAACGCUCUCCUCCACCAGCUUGCCGGCUGCAGCUGGAGCACAGCAACAGCCAAUACACAUCCCAAAGCUGCGCAAGUCAACUAGCUUACAACAACAAGAUCUUACUUCAUACGAGGAACAAAAACAACAUGCGCAUAAACAACAACGAAAACAUACAAAUUUGAAGAGUCAACAGACAGCAGCAACAGCGCAUGCAAAACUACCAUCACCAUCUGCAUCACAUCAAACGGUAAAUGCGCGGGCGGCAGUAGCACCUGCACCACCCCCACUGCUGCCAUCAUCAGCCACAAUCGCAGCCGCACAUAUACACACACAUACACAAACAACUUAUAUCAUACGCAAGGAUAUAGCAAGUUUUAAUUUCUCCCACAUUGAGGUGAAUGAGGAGGAUGCAACAGCGGCGGCACGGCUGGACGAUUUGGCGCGGCGCAGCCGAAAUGGUGAACUGUUGCACGAUUUGUGGCAGCGUGCCGUUACAGCGACGCCACAACCGCCGAUCACUGAACUCGAUGACAUUUUCAUUAGCGUCAAGACAACGAAAAAUUAUCACGACACACGUUUGGCUUUGAUCAUCAAGACGUGGUUCCAGUUGGCGCGCGAUCAGACGUGGUUCUUUACUGACACCGAAGAUCCAUACUAUCAGGAGAAGACAAAGGGACAUCUCAUUAAUACGAACUGCUCGCAGGGGCACUUUCAGGAGGCUUUGUGUUGCAAAAUGUCCGCCGAAUUGGAUGUCUUCCUGGCCAGCGGCAAGAAGUAA